UUCAAAUUUUUAUUCGUUUUAUUUCUACAUAAAAUAUUUGUGUUUCGUUGAAACGAAUUAAAUAAUUAAUAAUUGUCGAAGUGACCGCAUCAAAAAUGAAUUUCAAUCGUAAAAUUUGAUUCUCCUUCGUAUUUGAGGUCAACUUUACGAAUAAUAUGUUUCCUACAUCUUCUACUAAUCGUAACCUUAUCACUUCUUCAAUGCAAUGUUCGAACAUUUCAAUCACAUAGAAUCAAUUUUCGUUGCUUUUCUUCCAUUAUACUUUAAUUCUAACCGUAAAAAUUUGAAAUAAUUCGUAAAUUAAUCGAAUCUACACAAGUCAAAAUGCAAGGAACAGGUCUCGAAGAAGUCGGUAUCGCCGGUCAAGCGUACCUUAGAGAUGCUCUAACAAGUUGUACUGAUCCAUUACAAGCCAUCGAAGAAUUUCAGCGAGAAAACGGUAUCAGUUUACCAUCUUUGAGACAGAUGUUACCAUUGUUGGAUUUACACGGCGUAGCUAGACUGGAAUUUCAUACUUCCAUCUUAGAGGAACUGAGGGAUAAACUUACCUCCAAAAUAAGCGAAAUAGGACAGAAAGAAGGUCGUGAAAGGGAUAAAAAAUUGAAAGAAUUAUUAGUCCGUAGUUUCCCUUUAGUUAGGGUUAAACAGCUUAGGCCAGUUGUUAUGGCCAUCCUAAAAUGUACCAACCACAUCGAAGAUAAAUAUUUGAAAGUUUUGGUUCGAGAUCGAGAACUAUACAACGAUACAGAUACCGAAGUUAAAAGACAGAUAUGGAGAGAUAACCAAUCAUUAUUUGGUGACGAAGUGUCUCCUUUGUUAACGCAGUAUAUUCGAGAAAAAGAAACCGUACUCUUUGAUCAUACCAAUUUAACGAAUCUAUUUUUUAAUCCAUCUCCAAAGAACCGAAGACAAGGUGAAGUGGUUCAAAAACUUGCUCAUAUGAUCGGAUCCAGCGUUAAAUUAUACGACAUGGUGUUACAGUUUUUACGUACGUUGUUUCUGCGCACUCAUAACGUACAUUAUUGUACGUUAAGAGCUGAAUUACUCAUGGCUUUGCAUGAUCUCGAAGUGCAGGAUAUCAUAUCUGUUGAUCCUUGUCAUAAAUUCACAUGGUGCUUAGAUGCUUGUAUUAGGGAGCGAAAUGUUGAUAUCAAGAGAUCUCGAGAAUUACAGGGGUUCUUGGAUAGUGUAAAAAGAGGUCAGGAGCAAGUGCUGGGUGAUCUAUCGAUGAUUUUAUGUGACCCUUAUGCUAUCAAUUUUCUUGCUACUUCUGCCAUGAAGAUAUUACAUCAUUUGAUCAAUAAUGAGUCUUUACCGAGGGAUAAUACCAUUUUAACUCUACUUUUGAGGAUGUUGGCAUUAGGACUCAGUGCCUGGGUGAUGAUCGACUCUCAAGAAUUCAAAGAACCUAAAUUAGACAGCCAAGUAGUUACGAAAUUCAUGCCUGCGUUAAUGUCACUGAUGGUAGACGACCAAGUUCGAACUCUGAAUAGUAAAAUGCCUCCAGAUGAACGUGAAUCUGCCAUCACCAUCAUCGAGCAUUCCGGUCCAAUUCCGGAUGCUGUUCAAGCGUAUAUUCAAGAAAGUAGCGUAGCUAGUAUAAUUGCCAUUUAUUACACUUUACAUACUGCCAAAGUCAAGGAUAGAGUAGGCCUAAUGAGAAUAUUAGGUUCUUUAUCGAAUUGCGACAGCGAUCGAGCUUUUGAAGACCCAUUUCUUCAUUCAUUGGUUUCUUUAUUCAUCCAACAAGCGGACGAAUUUUCAGCCGAAGACUUUUGUACGGUCGUCUUCGAUGAAUUUUUCUAUCCUGGAUUGGCUCGUGAAAACGUCACUCGUCACGUUCUGAAAUUAUUAUGGUAUAUUCAUCCCAAGCUACCAGUUUCGAGAUUAAACACUCUGGUGAAAAUGCUGCAACCUACUUAUCAACACAACGAAGCUGUUCAUUCGCUUUAUGAAAUGCUGCAUGAGAAAAUUAACAACGAUAGCGAACCUAACCAAAGUUCAGCCGUUUCUCCGGAUCCGGAUGAUUUGAAUUCGCCUUUAAUGAGCGUGCCUACUCCAGCACCUUUAUAACGAAUACUGUAUAGAAUCUUCUCUUAUUCGUCUCUGAAUUAGAUAUUUUUCAUCAUUUUACAUUUUCAUUGAAAUGUGUGAUAUUUUAAGAAGGAUGUUGUGUACUUGUAAAAUUUUUUUUUUUGUAAAUUUUGAAAUAAAAGUUUUUUAUUUGCUGGC